AUGGCAGUCCAUGUGAAUGCCAUGGUUCUGCUUGCUUUGGCUUCUAUGGCAGUGAAGCUUCAUUUUCGCAGUCUUCCAAAGUCCAGAAACCCAAAUUGUGGCAGUGUGGCCAGGGCCAAGGCCCUCAAGGAGGAAGGAAAUGACUUGGCCAAGCUUGGGGACAAAGCUGAGGCUCUCAAAAAGUACGAGAAGGGGAUUCGCCUUUUAGGUCUGCUGAACUACGAGCUGGAUGAUGAUGGCUUAAAGGCUUUCGAGCAACAGACCCCGGAGGGCCGAGAGUUGCUGUCCAUCUUGGCAGCCAACGCGGCGCAGAUGUAUUUGGAUCCUUCGAUUCGGCAGCUAUCCAAGGCCAUCCAGAGAUGCAGUUUGGCCAUCGAUGCCAACCCCAGCAAUGCCAAAGCCUAUUUCAGGAGGGCAACAGCUGCCUUUGACUACGUGGACCAUGUGGUGAAAGGCACGGACGCUAUUCUGGCGCAGGCGCAGCGGGACAUCCGGAAGUUCCUGCAGAUGGACCAGGAGAAUGCAGCAGGAAAAGCUCUGCAAGAGCACUUGGCUCGGAAGCGUCAAGCGUUGCUGGGGCCCAUCAUGCGUGAGACCGAGAAGCCGGAUCCUGAAAUCGAACCCGAGUGGUUUCAGCAGGUGAACCAACGUGCAAUCUUCGUGUGCAUGUGCGGGAGCAGUGCCGUGGGGCGAGAUCAAGUCGAACUGCCUGAUGCCUUGCUGUCCAUGGCAUCUCAAGCUAAGGACAAGAAAGCCAUUAGUGUUGGAGUGGCUUACGUUGGUUACAAGGCUCCAGAUGAGCUGGAGAUGUUCACGGAGGAGUGGCAAAAGAAGUACUACCGCAUGUUACGCUUGGGCGAGCGCGCCACGCGGGUGCCCAAACCGCGACAGGUCGUGGUGCAUGGAGAGGUCUACAGCGUUUGGAGCCUUUUGGAGGCUUGA